AUGUACCAUUUACGUUUGCGUAAGAGAAUCCACAAGGGUAACUCUUUUGUUUUUCUUUCCUCUACCAUUUUAUUAGACCAGACAUGCCAUAAACCCUCGAAGACGACAGAGGUAGAUCGUUAGUGCCAAAGUUAUUUGGGUCCUAGAACAUGCUUCUCUUUGUCCUUCAUGUGCGCCUUUCAUGGCGUUUUGAGUUCCAGGACACUCUUCGGCACCAUGUUUGGCUUAUAAAGUAUAAGUCCCUGGGACCGACUUUUGGGGAAUUUAGUUGACAAUGCAAGAUAGCUAUCUUGCAUUUCGUUAACAGGUAUUUCUAAUAAUGCAGCACGGUCGCUUUGCGCACACGUCAUCCCACAGUAUGGAUUAUACUGCUUACUAAACCACCGGCGACCAGCACAUCCUUGCGGCGUCCUUCUUACGCCUCAAAGGACAAUUCAUCAGUUCCUCAAUUUGGAGGGGCGGCAGAUAUUACACGUUUAUCAGCUCCGAAAUUUAUGUGAAAAGAUAGGGCGCCCUUAUUUCGUGUUCAUUAUUCUUGUUUGUUUCUGCAGAAGUGGAGUCUUGCAUCUUUAGUCAGAAUUUUUAUGGCGACAAGCCGUCGCUUCUUAUUUAGUAAACAAUGAUGUUCGCCGUUCCUGAAAUCAAAUCUGCCAUUUCGACAAUACUGAGCGCCCUUUAACUGUCACUUUCCUCGCUGCGCACGCACCAAAGUCAAGAAUCUUACCACUGCCCGGAUAUAUAAAUGACCUACUGGACUGCAAUUCUGGCAGAAAUAUCUAGCAUCGUUGACGUAAAUUGAAGCGAAUGUUUGCGUCUUGCAGCUGGUCCAAGAAACAUUUUCACGUUUAUCUUUUAGGCUGAAAAGCUCUGUAAGUGUUGGUCUCUCGACAUAAGGGUCCACCAGCCAGUAGUUUUAUGCUCAGCAACUGCCUACACAGGCUUCCUGUAUUAGUACAUAUUAAAGCGGCCAGCGGUAUAGACGGUCGCUUUUAUACGCGGGAUACACCGUGCGUAUUUGACACCGGAACAAUCAUUUUAAGUAGUUUAUCUCUAUAAUGAUCCUAUUCAAGCGCUAUAACUGUAACCAAGUUCAUAUUGAUAGGAGUUCUGCAACUAAGUUGUCUAGCCGGACCAGGCUGAAGAGUCCGUUUCCGCUUAUUCUGAUCCCAUUUAAGGUUCGCAACAAAAGUUUCAUGCCAUUCAUGAGGACCACUGGACAAUUCAACGAACAUGUGAGUACGUAUUCGAUAAAUCUGGACGAUCGGCCCCAUUCCUCGCGGACAAAGCCAAAGAUCUAGUGCCACCACCGGUAGCCUCCCCGUCUGCUGAUCUCACUCCAUUAUCCAACAAAGUCCACCAUCCUUACUCCCCCGAGCCUCCUCGGCCUCCGUCCGCAAAUAGUGCUGAAUUCGGUCCUCAAGUCGAUUGUGUCCCCGGUAAAAGACAAAAUUUUCUAUUUACCCAGUCUCUAAUGCCUCCGGGCCCACCCACGUCACCUGUUCCAAGUCCUCCUCCAGAAGCCGCAUGUAGCAACAUCUGUGAUACUUCGAGCUCAAAUUGCCUAAUCAAGGCUCCUGUUUCUCUCCGAGAAACUGCAACCUUGGACGCAGACAGCAUAUCCAAAACUCCAGGUAUUCUGAAAGUAAAGUUAAGAAGGAGACGAAACGCGAUCUGCGGACAGUCUAAAAUGGGGAAGGGACUUCGUGAAUUUCUCUUCUCAUACGUUGUUUCCCACCUGACGGACUCACUCACUUCGUCGUUGAGCUUGGAGAAUCAAGACAAUAGAACUGCAACUGAAGAGAGAGACUUCGCCAUGGAUGCUGAGAGUCCAGCAAGCAGCAGUACCCAGUCGGACCUUCCGGACCUUUGA